UCGCGCUCCAUUCACAAACUGCUGCUGCUCUGUCGGUCUUCCUCCUUCCCCUCUCAGUCUGCGUGGAUCUCAUUAAAACACAGCCUAAAUGACCACAAACGGUUAAGGCAUGGAUUAUAAAAUGGAUGGAUAUCUGGACCAGCAAGUGCCUUAUACUUUAGCUAAUAGGUCCCAAGGAAAUGGGCCCCUAAAUAGACUGUUGAUGGUAACAAAGAGGAAAUACAUGGACACCGAAUUACCCCCUCAGGAAUCUGAAGAUCUCUUUCAGGAUUUAAGCCAACUUCAGGAGACAUGGCUCACUGAAGCUCAAGUUCCUGACAGCGAUGAGCAGUUUGUUCCUGAUUUCCACUCGGAGAACUCAGUGGCAUUCCACAGCCCGCCGGUGAAGAUCAAGAAAGAGCCGCAGAGUCCCGGAUCAGAUCCCAGUCAGUCCUGCAGCCACAAGCAAACCUUCAGUUACCCCAAUGGAGAGCAGUGCCUUUACGCCAGUGCCUACGACCAGAAGAGAACAGCUGGGGCAGCAGCUGGAGGACACAAGAGCUCAUGUCCAGGGACUCCUAUGUCACCUAUGCAGCAUUACUCCCCAAAACCAACAGUGGGCACUCGACCAGAGUCUGGGUACAUGAAUCCUCCCUCAGCCAGCCAAUCCCACGCCUGCCACAGUCACAGUUACCCCAUGAACCCUAGUUCCAGGUUCCCUUCAGGUUCGGCAGACAUGUGCCCACCAUUUGGUCCCCAAGGCCAAGCCCUGCAGCGCAUGCAUCCUCCCCAUGCCAGCGGGAGCGUAAACGGCGGUUACAAUCGGCAACACUCUGAUCCCUGUUUGCCCUACCCACCUCAGCAAAACUUCAAGCAGGAGUACAUGGACCCUCUGUAUGACCGGGCAGCCCACAUGGCUGGGCCACAGCCGCAGAGGUUUCCACCUGCUCAUGUGAUGGUCAAACAGGAACCCACCGACUACACUUAUGAACCUGAUGUGCCUGGUUGCCCUUCCAUGUACCAUCACAACGAAGGCUACCCCAACCCACAGCACAACACUGACGGCUACAUGUUUGAAAAUGAUUCCCGCGUUGUUCCUGAAAAAUUGGAAGGUGAGGUGAAGCAGGAAGCAGGUGGUGUGUUCCGUGAGGGCGCCCCCUAUCAGCGCCGGGGCUCACUGCAGCUCUGGCAGUUCUUAGUUGCACUACUGGACGACCCUGGUAAUGCGCACUUCAUUGCGUGGACUGGCCGUGGCAUGGAAUUCAAACUUAUUGAGCCUGAGGAGGUGGCAAGACUGUGGGGAAUGCAGAAGAACCGUCCAGCCAUGAAUUACGACAAACUGAGUCGCUCUUUGCGCUACUAUUACGAAAAGGGAAUUAUGCAAAAGGUGGCAGGCGAGCGUUAUGUUUACAAAUUCGUGUGUGAGCCGGAGGCUCUGAUAUCCUUGGCCUUUCCUGACAAUCAGCGGCCAAGUCUGAAGGCGGAAUUCGAACGCUAUGUCAACGAGGAGGACACAGUGCCGCUGUCUCACCUGGACGAGGGCGUGUCUUACCCUCCCGAACCAGCUGCCACCAACAUGGGCCCUCAGCCCUAUUCCAAAGGCUAUAUGUACUAAUGCCACCAUCAUUCUCCCAUGUUCCCCCUCCCGGUCCUCCCAGUUUACUACCCCUGCACCUAUUGCACAUGCCCACCCCAUCCACUUGUAUAUAAGGCUAAGUUUUUUUUUCUUUGAUUAAAUUAAUCUCAUUAGGGACUCUGCAUUCUUCUCAAUUCCAAGGCCUAUCUAAUGUAAACACAUUACUGUGGUUUAAGAGAUUGCUUAAUAAAGACUUGAUAUUACUACUAUA